GCUGCAGACGCGUCCAGCGCUCAGACACCGGAAGACACCGGACGAGAGGGAACCGGGAGCAGGGGACACGCGCGCGCGCUCACGGGGAACAUACAAAAAAAAUUACAGAAAGAAAAAAAGAAACGGGACCAUAAGAGGAAAAUCACAUCAACAGAAGCAGAAUGGCUCAAAAAGAGAAACUUCAGUGCCUGAAGGAUUUCCAUAAGGACACUCUGAAGCCGUCUCCUGGUAAGAGCCCCGGCACCCGGCCUGAAGACGAGGCAGAGGGCAAACACCCCCAGCGGGAGAAGUGGGCCAGCAAGUUGGACUUUGUUCUGUCUGUGGCUGGCGGCUUCGUUGGUUUAGGGAACGUCUGGCGUUUCCCUUACCUCUGCUACAAGAAUGGUGGAGGUGCAUUUCUCAUCCCCUACUUCAUUUUCCUGUUUGGCGGAGGUCUGCCCGUCUUCUUCCUGGAGGUCGCCUUGGGUCAGUUCACCUCCGAGGGCGGCAUCACCUGCUGGGAGAAGCUCUGCCCCAUCUUUACUGGUAUUGGUUAUGCCUCCAUUAUUAUCGUUUCCCUGCUGAAUAUAUACUACAUCGUCAUCCUGGCCUGGGGAGUCUACUACCUUUUCCAGUGUUUUCAGCCGGAGCUGCCCUGGGCCAAGUGCAACCAGCCCUGGAAUACUGAUCGCUGCAUCGAGGACACUUACCGCAAGAACAAAACCCUUUGGUUGGCCUCCAACGCCUCCAACUUCACCUCCCCCGUCACCGAGUUCUGGGAACACAAUGUGCUGGGCAUCAGCAACGGUAUCGAGGAUAUCGGUCCCGUGAAGUGGGACCUGGCUCUGUGUUUACUGCUCGUCUGGGUCAUCUGCUUCUUCUGCAUCUGGAAGGGAGUCAAGUCCACCGGCAAGGUUGUCUACAUCACAGCCACGUUCCCAUUCAUCAUGCUCAUCGUGCUGUUGAUUCGUGGUGUGACGCUGCCAGGUGCUUCGGCGGGUAUCAAGUUCUACCUGUACCCCGACCUGGCUCGCCUGAAGGACCCAGACGUGUGGAUUGACGCUGGCACCCAGAUCUUCUUUUCCUACGCCAUCUGUUUGGGCGCCAUGACGUCCUUGGGGAGCUACAACAAGUACAAAUAUAACUGCUACAGGGACUGUUUGCUGCUGGGAGCCCUCAACAGUGGUACCAGUUUUGUGUCUGGCUUCGCAAUAUUUUCCGUCCUGGGCUUCAUGGCACAAGAGCAAGGGGUGGACAUUGCUGAUGUGGCAGAGUCAGGUCCAGGCCUGGCGUUCAUCGCCUACCCCAAGGCUGUAACCAUGAUGCCUUUCCCUACAGUCUGGGCAAUUCUAUUCUUCAUCAUGCUGCUGCUGCUUGGCCUCGACAGUCAGUUUGUGGAGGUGGAAGGGCAGAUCACAUCACUGGUGGAUCUGUAUCCGUCCUUCCUAAGGAAGGGUUACCGCAGAGAGAUCUUCAUCGCUAUCGUCUGCUGCAUCAGCUACCUGCUUGGACUCACCAUGGUUACCAAGGGUGGCAUGUAUGUUUUCCAGCUGUUUGAUUUCUAUGCAGCGAGCGGUGUGUGCCUUCUGUGGGUGGCAUUCUUUGAAUGUAUCGCUGUUGCCUGGGUAUAUGGCGUUGAUAAUUUCUAUGAUGCACUCGAGGACAUGAUUGGCUACAGACCGAAUGCAUGGAUGAAGUGGAGCUGGACUAUUAUCACUCCUCUGCUGUGUGCGGGCUGCUUCAUCUUCUCCCUGGUCAAAUACAAGCCAUUGAUGUAUAACAAGGUCUACAAGUAUCCGGACUGGGCCAUCGGCCUCGGAUGGACUCUGGCCUUGGCUUCCAUGAUCUGCAUCCCCAUGGUGGUGGUCAUCAAGAUCAUCCAGUCUGACGGGCCGCUCAUCGAGAGGAUCAAGGCGGUGGCCGCCCCGGUUCGCGGCGGGGCCAGCUCCCGCCCCGCCGACCACCGCGGCCCCAAGGAUCUGGCCUACCCGCUGGAUCCCAACGGGAACAAGGGCCUGCUGCUGAAGGCCCCCACCCACACCAUCGUGGAAACGAUGAUGUGAGGAGGAGCGAGGUGGAGGCUCUCCAUGAGACCGCUCUCCUCUCCCUGUCCUCUACAUGCUUCUGAAGCUGUUAGCUAGCGUUUUCUGUCUGUCUAUCUGUCUGUCUGGUGGACUGAUAAGGGUUUUUAAGGACGAAGAAAGAAAAAAAAAGAAGAGUUCCCGUUUCAAAUCGUUCAGGAGUUCUGUGGGAGUAGUUUGCUGUCGGUGGUUUUCUUCAGAGGGUAUCGCAAUCACAUUUCAAAUCUGUUCCUGACAAACUCAGAAGCUGUAGUUUUUGUAGUAGUUGUUUUUUUUUUUUGAGUAUCUAUCCGACCACACGCGUCCCUCGACUGUCUUCUCCAGAGGCACCGCGGCAAAUUAGCACCAGCUACUUUUGCAGAAAACAAAGCCGUUCGUCUGAAGAAAAAGAAAAAAGGAAAAAAAAAAGGAA